AUGCGUUCAUUAAACCCUUUCGAGGAGUUAUAUUAUCAUAAACGUGGAUGCAAUCUACAUUCAUGUUUUGUAGUAGGGGUGACCCUUAAUAAGCCCGUUGAAAGAUCUACAGUGCAGCAGGUGCUAAUAGAAGUUAUUAAGAAGAAUCCUAUUCUAUAUCAAAAUAUAUUCAAAUCAGAAAGCGAUAAUAGAUUGGUGGUAAAGGCUGUAACAGGGAAGAUACAACUUAAUGAUGUUUACGAGGUAAUUGAUGCUACUUCACUUGAUGAGGCUACUGCCAAUUGGAUUUUUAAGAGCAUUAGGUUUUCAUAUCAUUCGCAAACAUUUCUUUGGAAAAUAUUAGCACUUAAUGGGGGGCAGCAGUUGCUUUAUUGCUUUGACCACUCCCUGCUUGAUGGUAUGAGCACCGUGAUCUUUUGGACGGAUUUUAUGUCUGUAUUGAAUUCCGUUAGCUCAUUGCAAGAUCUACGUUUGCAGGAUGCAGUAGUUUACAACGGUGAUGGCAAUGUCGUGCUUCCAGCGCAUCCGUAUGAUGUUUGGCCUUCUUCAUGGAGGUACAAGUUAGUGAGGGCGGUAUUGCCCUUUUACAACACUUACUUGAAACCAUAUGUGCCGGAGGCUUGGACUCGUGUUGAUAUGUUCAAUUUUAGUGAUUACAGCUUCCCAAAAGGAUUGUUCGAUGAUGCCAAUAACAAGAGAAGUGACAGUAAACGCAUCAGCUACAGAAUUGAGCCCGAUAAAUUACAAUCUUUAUCCAAACAAUGUAGGGAACAUGGAGUCUCCGUCACUUCAUGGCUUGCUGCGAAAAUAAUGGAGGCCAUCCUGAAAGUGGAACGCAACCAUACCACUGGCUCGAAGAUCUCUAUAUCUAUUCCUAUUAAUAGUAGGACUCAAAUUGCUGAAAAAAUGCCAAACUACCCUAAAGAAGCGCUCCGGAUGGGCCUUUUCCUCACAUGUGCGGUUUUAAGCUAUAAUAUUGGGAGUAAAGAAACAGAAAUAUGGGCCUUAGCUUCUAUAUUUCAAAAACAGUUAAGAGAAGCUCGAUAUAGUGAAUCCGGUGUGUAUACAUGUAAGGUCCUAGAGCUUCUAGAUGUUGAAGAAUACGUUGGUAGCUACAAAAAACAGCGGUAUCCUUCUUCUACAUUUGAAGUAACGAAUUUAGGCUUGCAGGACUUUAAGACGACAGAAAGAGAUCUAUACUAUGUGGUAGAUGCGGUUUUCAUUCAGCCACAGGGCCUAUCAAAUAUUUUGAACGUCGCAGUGGUAUCAACACCCAUUGGCGGACUUCAUGCUUCCAUCUGCAUUCCUAGGGAUAUUGCCGAAGUCGUUACAAUUGAAGAGUACUGA